AUGACUCGCAUAGUCAUCAUACUGGCGAUGCUAAUGGUUGCGGCGCAAACAAACCGGGAGAAUCCGAAGGAAUACGUAUAUUGUAACAAAGAAUGCAAGGCGGAUGCCAACGCUGCAGUUGCUGCUUGCGAAAAGGAGCCCGGCUCAAAGCAUUGCAUUCAAUUGUUAUAUAUCUAUAAUACAUGUGUGAACAUGUGUGUACUCAAAGCAUCGGAGAUGAACAAAGUUGCCAUAUAUGAAGAGAACCAAAAUAAUGAGACUGAACACGUAUAA